CUAUUUUUUUUUCGAGCCAUAUAAAACGCGAUUAGCUAAUGUUAAGUGCUAGUCCAAGAAAAUGUUUCAUGCCGGUCGGACGAUGUUCAAAAUGCCACCUGUUGUGAGUCACAUACUUGUUUUGGUUCUGUUCUCGGCUUUCUGUGCCGCACUCACUGAUACCUGUGGGCAAACAGACAAUCUUCCUGAUCCUUCUAAACAGUGUUGUGGCAUUGAUCUCUCUGAUGACCAUCGAGAAACAAGUGGAGAUGCAGCUUUGAACCAGUUCCCUUGGCUUGCACUCAUAGAACACAGUGCAGGCAGGAUUACUUGUACAGGAGUCCUAAUAAGUUCCCGGCACGUGUUAACCGCAGCUCAGUGUCUUUAUCAUGCCCCGAAAAAUGUUCGCCUAGGUGAAUUCAACAAAACGAACUCAGGCCCGGAUUGCCUCCACAUAAAUGGCAAAAAGAAGUGCACCGGUGGCGCCCUCACCAUUCCUAUAGGAUCGGUCAUUGCUCAUCCAGAGUUCGCACGACCAAAUUUCCACGGACAUGAUAUCGCUAUUAUUAAACUAGCUGAAAGAGUACCAUAUAACGAAUUCAUUCGCCCGAUCUGCCUGCCAUCAUCGGACAUUACAGCUUUACCGCCUGAUGGGUUGCGACUCAUCAACGCAGGCUGGGGUAGCGGACCCAAGAGCACUCAUGAGGACGAUGUUGUGAAACAUUACGUGGAACUGCCUUAUGUACCAUUGAAGAGAUGUCAAGAAAUUUACCGGUCAAAGUUAAAUCAAUUGGCAUCAAAAAUCGGUGACACUCAUAUCUGCGCGGGUGGUGAGAAAGAUCUCGACUCCUGCAGAGGCGAUGGCGGAGGUCCUUUGAUGUCUGAACAAAAUGGUCGAUAUAGUUUAGAGGGGAUAGUGAGCUUCGGGCCGGUGCCUUGCGGUAGAGAAGGUGUUCCCAGCGUCUACACCAGAGUUUACUCCUAUCUUCCUUGGAUUCAAAGCGUUACUACUUCCUAAAACGCUAAUUUUAAAAUCGUCAAUGAUAUUGUGAUAAUACCUAUGCCUAUCUUUGCUUUAAAAAGCAAAAUGGUAAGAAGUUUAAUAAAAAUGAAUAAAACCAUA